AUGUGGAAACAACCAAUCCGAGUUGUCCAUUUCGGACCGGAACCUGUGUUGUUUACAUUUUCUAAGAUGGCGGCGGGGAUGUAUUUGGAGCAUUAUUUGGACAGUAUAGAAAACUUGCCCUUCGAGUUGCAGAGAAACUUCAAUUUGAUGAGAGAUCUAGAUCAACGCACAGAGGAUCUAAAGGGACAGAUAGACUCUUUGGCCAAAGAGUACACAGCCAGCGCCAGGACUCUCUCCUCUGAACAAAAGCUGUCCAUCCUAAGACAGAUUCAGCAGUCUUACAGUAAAUGCAAGGAGUUUGGAGAUGAUAAAGUGCAGCUGGCAAUGCAGACCUAUGAGAUGGUCGACAAACACAUCCGACGUCUUGACACAGACCUGGCUCGGUUUGAGGCAGACCUGAAGGAAAAGCAGAUCGAGAGCACCGACUAUGAUUCCACCUCUAGUAAGGGGAAGAAAGUUGAAACCAGACAGAAGGAAAAGAAGACGGCUAAAACAAGGUCUAAAGUGAAGAGUUCAGAUGAAGACGGCAGUCCCAAGAGUGCACAGAAGAAAGUCAAACUCCUUCAGCCAGGAGAAUUCAACAGCCCUGCCACCAACUUUGGGAAUGUGCACCCAUCUGAUGUGCUGGACAUGCCAGUGGACCCCAACGAACCCACCUACUGUCUGUGUCAUCAGGUCUCUUACGGCGAGAUGAUCGGCUGUGACAACACUGAUUGCUCUAUUGAGUGGUUCCAUUUUGCCUGUGUGGGCCUGACAACUAAACCAAGAGGCAAAUGGUAUUGUCCACGAUGCUCUCAAGACAGAAAGAGAAAAUAAACACCUGGAACAAAACGUUAACACUGAUCAGAUGGAAAAUUAGAAGAAUAUUUCUUCAUUAGUUACUAGAUUUUUUUGUUUCUCAUCCUCCUUAACAUUUGGUGCUUUUUCUUUUGGUUUAUGUAAUUUGCCUUGGUCUGAUGCAGUGUGCGUGAAGGAGCCAAGUGGUUACAAUUGUAUUUAAAUGUUUUUUUUUAUAUAUAUAUAAACUGUAAACGAUAAUCUUUAUUUCUUUCGUUACCUUUGGUGCUCUUAUUGUGAUUUUUUUUGUUUACAGUUUGUUUUACUAGUGAAUAAUAAACACUAAAACAACCCCCAAUGGUUUAACAGUCCCAAGCUGUCACAAUAAUUUAUACUAUAUUUACACGUGCAUCUAACAAAAU